GCACGUGGCUAUUCGAUCUAUAUAGAAUUGGCAGCCACAAUAACACAACAAGUAAGAGAGGCCACACAAAUACCAACUGGUCCCACUCCAAAUCCUCUAGAUUUAAUUUUGUGAUUUCAAUUGAAACCAUAUUCGAAGAAAGCUAUGUAAUGUAGCCUCACCUUUAGCUGUUUAGUUUUCUGCAUAUGGUGUGAAUGGCUCAUUUACUAGCAAGCAACCCCACCACUUCAGAUAAACUCAUCUGCCCAAACUUCACGUAUGGUGUAAGAACAGAACCCAGAACCAGAAAUGCAUGUUGCAGCAGAGUGAGAAGGAAAAGCAGAGGAUGUGGGAGGAAAGGUUUGGUGUUGCAAUGUUGCAGCAGCAGCACAAGUAGUUCACAAUUAUCUUAUGCUGAUCAGAAUGUGGGAUUGCAGAUUGAGAGUGAUGGUGGAAAGCUUGAGCAGCAGGUGGAGUAUUUGGUGUGCGAAUAUGGGUGGAUGGUAAGGAGACUCAUUGAGAACAAAGAUGAGACGAGGCAAGCUGCUCAAGUUCAGGCGGAAGCAUUCCACAUUCCUGUGGCUCUUUUCAAUGAUUUGUUCUUCCAAUUCUUUCAGGCGGAAGUGCUUGCAGGGCUCCUUUACAAGCUUAAAAAUUCACCUCCCAAUAGGUAUGCUUGUUUGGUGGCUGAGCCAGCCAAAAACGAUCUAGAUUCACCACACCUUGUAGGUGUCACAGAUGUCACUGUGUUAAGAGACCAAGAUGUACUUCAGCAUCUCCCUGCUGAAGCGGAAGAGUACCUUUACAUAUCAGGAAUAGCCGUCUCGAAAACUUUCAGGAGGAGGAAAAUAGCAACUGCUUUGCUGAAAGCUUGUGACAUGCUUUCCAUUUUGUGGGGUUUUGAGUUUCUUGCCCUUCGAGCCUAUGAAGACGACCUGGGUGCUCGAAAAGUGUACGCAAAUGCUGGGUACCAAGUUGUGUCUAGAGAUCCACCAUGGACAAGUAAUUGGAUUGGAAGGAAACCCCGUGUUCUUAUGAUCAAAAGAACUAGUUUGCCUAAGUAGCUUAAUGUAGUGUUGUUAAGACAUCAACAGAAACAGAAAAUGUAUUCUACCAAGGUACAGAGCAAGUAGCAGCAAAAUCUGUUUCUUAUUUAUCACUUAUUGCACACAAGUUUUAUGUGAAAUGAGAAGAUUCAAUGGGUUGGCCA